UUUCGGUUUUGUUGUUGCCGUGUCUUCGUUUUUCGCUCAACAAUUUUUCGCCUGUGGAAAAAGUCGCGCGAUCAGUGUUUGGAAUUUCCGUCAGCCGUUUUUAAAUCAGUGUACAAAACAAGUUCCCGAUAAUCAGGAUAGCAGAUCGCACAACGCAGCUAAAUGCCUAAUCGCGAAAUUGUUUACAAAAGUUUUGUUUUUUACCCGUUCAAGUGAACGUGAAUGUGGAAUGUGGAUGUAUAAGUGAAUGUGUAUGUGUGCGUCCCUGUCCGUGUGAGCGUGUUAAAUUAAUUUUUUAACCGGAGAAUCGACGAUUGCAAUUCUGCAAAUCGAAUCAAAAACACAUCGAGUUACUGAUUAAUAAACACACAAAAGAUUCCCCCAAGAAGGCGGCAUAUCAAUGUCGUACAAAAGAAAAUACUUUGCAUAGCGCAUAGAGAUAGAUAGACCAUCGAUAAAUACUACGAGCAAUAAUCCAAAGAAAUAAGCCCAAAAAUGGCCACGAACUGCGACUUCAUCGAGGAGCAGGUGAAGCAGCAGCCGUUGGCCAAUGCAGUUGUCCAGGAGGAGGAUGGUCGCCAGGAGGCGGCGUCCAAGGAGAAGCAAGAGAAGCAGCCGCCGCCUGGCCAAGCCCAUCCCUACCAGCAAUUCGCUGGCGAGGACAGUUUCGAGUGCGCCUUCGAGUCCACCAUGGAUGACCUGGAGCAGGGCGUCCUCGAUGGCUACGAAACGGACUCGGAGGCGAGUGCCAAUGAGCAGAUCACCGACUCCGCCUCCUCCGGCAGCCUGGGCGGUGGUGGCCCAGUUUCCCAGCAGCAACAGCAGCAGCAGCGGGAGGAGCGACUGAGGGGCUUGCCGGGAUCACUACAUGGCCAGCACAUCGAUUCCGAGAUGCUGCGCUGCCUGCCGCGUUCAAAUUCCUUUGACUUUCACAGCAGCAGUGGCAGCAGCAGCGAUGAUGAGGAUGAUCCCGAUGACGAUGAUGACGAAGUGCAUCAUAGCCUCGGACUCAGUCUCAGCGGGAAGUUUGCCAAGGUGGAUCUGUAUUCGGGUCACCAGAGACCGGGUUAUCUGCUGCCGCCGUACAUCGAACGUCGCCGUUUGUCGCAGUGCAAGGAGGAGGACGACGAGGAUGAACCCGUGGAUAGAACUCAGCUAAGCGGCGGAGGAUCCUCUGGAGGGGAAGCCACCAAAGCGGAGAGGGCUUCGAAGGCGCCACCCAGACCACCGACGCCGCAGGAUGAGGCCUCCAAGGAGAAGUUCAAGGAUCUGGAGCGGCUGAGGCAGCAGUUUAUGCACAAAAUCGAUAGGAUAAAUACGAGGAAUAUAGAGGAGAACGAGGCGCCACCGCCGCCACCUCCUCCACCGCCACCCAUUCCGGCCACGAUUCUUCCGAAGGCUUUGAAGGCAUUGCUACAUAACCAGGAACCUCCACCUUCACCACCAGCGGUUAAUCCCAGCAAUCCUCCUGGGAAUCUAAUAGUGGUCAAGGAAACUCCUUUGGCUAUUCCUCCUGUCCAGGCGGCUCUUGUCCAGGAACCAGUGUCGCCGCUUCCCCUGCCCUCGGAGCCGCCACUCAUCAUCAAGGGCAAGUUCAAGGUGACGCUCGCCCAGGAGACGCCCGAAUUGAGGGUGGAGGCCCAGAAAUUGAGCAAACUAAAGGCCAGCUCCAAUGCCCACACCAUCAGCUUUCCCUCCAGCUUCGGCGGGUACUCGUCGGUGCAGGGCCUGUUCUCCCAGCGAUAUGGCUCCAAUCGGUUCCCCGUCGCCGCUCCCCAUCUCUCCAAGCAGUUCUUCGAGCCAUCGCUCGUGGAGAUCCGCACGAGCAACGUGGCCCUGAACACCACUGGACUGGGCAAUAGCAAUCACCAAAGCCUCACUUGUGAUACAAAUAGUUUAGCCAACAAGCCGCGAACGCCCAGCGAACGGGAGCUGGACGAGAUCUGGAUAAGGCGGCAGGAUGGUGCUGCUUCUUCUGCGGCAGCAACAGCAGCUCCUCCCACCUUUUUGCAACAGCAGCAGCAGAGACCCGUCUCCUUGGGCGGGGCGUCGACCAUGCCCCGUUUGCUGAGGAGCGAGAGCGGCGCCUCCACCACGAGUCCAUCCCGCCAGCUGACCAACUCGGGAUCUGUCUCGGUUUCGGUGUCCGAUGAUGAGCAGGAUGGCAGCCUCGGAGGAACCGGACGGACGCCAGGAUCCCGGCCCUCCAGCGCCCCCGCAGAGCCAAAUGCCAAGGCGGCCAAGAAGGCCUACAAGAAGAUGGAGAAGGAGCAGCGUCGCCAGGAGAAGGAGCAGACGCGCAGGGAGAAGGAGGCCCGCAAGCUGGAGCGCGAGACGGCGCGACGGAUUGAACGCGAGGCGGCCAAGCUGGAGAAGAUCAACCGGCACAGCGAGAAGAUCUCACGCAGCACAGAGCGGAUGGCCAUGGCGGGCGUGGGCUCGCGAUCCGGUUCGCUGGAGCGGAGGCGGAGUGGCGAGGACUCGCCGGUGCUCAAUCAGUCGACGGUGCACGGCAUAGCGUCGCCGAAUCGAAGGCCCACGAUCUUCGAUGUGUUCCGACCCAGGGCGAAAUCGGAUGCCAAGCGGCAGAAGGAGAAGCAUCUGUUGGACCCGUCCUCCGCCGACAGCAGCGCCACCAGCAGUACGUACUCCGUUUCGGGGGGCACAGCUCCUCCGGCAGCGAAUUCUGGAGGAGCAGCAGGAGGUGGAGGAGGUGGAGCAGCUGGAGGAGCCGGAGCAGCCGCUGGCCUUAUGAACUCCAUGAAGGUGGCCAUGCAGAACUUCAGCCAUCGCCAGCAUCCCGCCGUCACGAUAACGAGUGCCGAUGGAACACAGUCCACCGCGAAGAGCAAGUACAAAGACGGCAGUGCCCAUCCGCAUCAAGGCAGCGACGCGCAGUAUUACCACACGGUGACGGCGGUGCGUCCGAAUUCUUCCCAACGGUCGCCGAUGACCAAGGUUAUGGAUCUGUUCCGCCAUCGAUCCAGUUCAGUCGUCAGCGAAGCCGACAAACGCAAAGCGCGUGCGGCGGCGCAUCAACAACAGUUGGCUGUACAAAGUGCUCAUAUGCGUCGUGCCUCAGCGGAUUUGGAGAAACGCCGUGCUUCAGUUGGCGCCGCCGGUCGAGGGCUGCGAGGGGAUGGUACGUUGGAUCCACACCAUGCAGCCAUCCUCUUCAGAGACUCCAGAGGGUUACCUGUCGCUGAUCCGUUCCUAGAGAAAGUAAACCUAUCGGACCUGGAGGAGGACGACUCACAGAUCUUCGUGAAGUUCUUUCGCUUUCACAAGUGCUAUGAUCUAAUACCCACCUCCGCCAAGUUGGUCGUCUUCGACACGCAGCUUCUCGUAAAGAAGGCCUUCUACGCUCUGGUCUACAACGGGGUGCGGGCGGCACCGCUCUGGGAUUCGGAGAAGCAGCAGUUCGUGGGCAUGCUGACCAUCACGGACUUUAUCAAGAUCCUGCAAAUGUAUUACAAAUCGCCAAACGCGUCCAUGGAGCAGCUGGAGGAGCACAAACUGGACACGUGGCGAAGUGUGCUGCACAACCAGGUGAUGCCGUUGGUCAGCAUCGGGCCGGAUGCCUCCCUCUACGAUGCCAUCAAAAUUCUCAUCCACAGCCGCAUUCAUCGCCUGCCCGUCAUCGAUCCGGCGACCGGCAAUGUCCUCUACAUCCUGACACAUAAACGCAUACUGAGGUUCCUCUUCCUAUACAUUAAUGAAUUACCAAAGCCCGCGUACAUGCAAAGGAGUUUGCGCGAACUGAAGAUUGGCACCUACAAUAACAUAGAGACCGCCGACGAGACGACGAGCAUCAUCACGGCGCUCAAGAAAUUUGUGGAGCGACGCGUUUCAGCCCUGCCACUGGUGGAUGCCGAGGGACGGCUCGUCGACAUCUAUGCAAAGUUUGAUGUGAUUAAUCUCGCUGCCGAGAAAACCUACAACGAUCUCGAUGUCUCGCUGCGCAAGGCCAACGAGCACCGCAACGAGUGGUUCGAGGGCGUGCAGAAGUGCAAUCUGGACGAGUCGCUGUACACGAUCAUGGAGCGCAUCGUCCGCGCCGAGGUCCAUCGGCUGGUGGUGGUGGACGAGAACCGCAAGGUGAUCGGCAUCAUCUCGCUGUCGGACAUCCUGCUCUACCUGGUACUGCGGCCAAGUGGCGAGGGCGUCGGUGGGUCAGAGAGCUCGCUGCGCGCCUCCGAUCCCGUCCUGCUGCGCAAAGUGGCCGAGGUGGAGAUACCAGAGGCUGCCACAGCGACGACGACAACGCCCCCGCCUCGCAGUCCUUCCGCAGGAUCCGGCAAUCGCAGCCUGAUCGAGGACAUACCCGAGGAGGAGCCGACGCCGGCGAGGAGCGACGACAGUGCCGACAGUGAUAACAACAAGUCCGCCAGUGAGGAUAAGGCCAACAACAACAACCAGCACGAUCAGACGACGACGACGGCGGCGGCGGCGACAGCUAAUGGUGAUAGCAGCAACAGUCCCGUGGAAGUGUCCUUCGCCGAUGAGGCGCACGAAGAAGAAGCCGCCGACCAGGUCGAGCGCAGCAAUUGUGAUGAUGAUGACCAGGAGGCGCUGGCGGAGAUUGAGCGCAAGAAGGCAUCGAUGGACGACGACGACGACGAUGGGCUGAGCAGCGCCGUGUCCGCUGCCUCCGCUUUGGGCCAGUCACUGACGCCCGCGGCGCGAGAAAUGGCGUUGGUUAGUGAAUAAACCCUUAAUUUAAAUUAAACACAAGCUAAAGAUAUACAGCUACAGCUGCUACUACAGAAACAGAAACAGAUAGAGAAACAAUUGCUAAACAAGAACUAAGAACCCAAACACACAACAAUAAUGAUAAAGCAGAGAAAAUUAUAUUUGAAUAUUAAUAGUUGUUAAGGAUAUAUUAUUACAAUUAUGAAAUAUUAUGUAUUUUACAACAAGCAACUAAAAGCAAAACAAAAACAAAAAGCUGUUAACAAGAUGUUUAUAUAUACACACACAAGAAAACGAAAACAAAAACAAAACAACAAAUUACAUUAGAAUGUCUUUAAAUUUUAAACGAUGUAAUUGAUUAUUAUAUGAUAGUACAGUACAAGUCAAAAA